GCUCCAGUACUGAGUACUCUCUCAUACCCCUCCGUCCAGUUCUCUCUCUCUCUCUCUCUCUCCUGUGCAAUCUAAGCUUGAUAAUGGUGUUUCAGAUCUGAGGGUAUACGCACACGAGGAUAUCAGCUGUGAAAGUACGAUUUGAACCUCCUCCGUUUUUGAGUUGAAGUAGCUGUUGUGAUCUGUAAUGGCGUACUCGUUUCCGGAGGAGGUGUUGGAGCAUGUGUUCUCGUUCAUAAACUCCGACAAGGACCGAAACGCGGUGUCAUUAGUUUGCAAAUCGUGGUACGAGAUCGAGCGGUGGUGCCGAAGACGGAUCUUUGUCGGAAAUUGCUAUGCUGUGAGCCCUAGGAUCAUGAUCCGACGGUUCCCGGAGGUCAGAUCUGUGGAGCUGAAAGGGAAGCCUCACUUUGCGGACUUUAAUUUGGUCCCCGAGGAUUGGGGAGGGUAUGUUUACCCAUGGAUCGCUGCUAUGUCGAGGGCGUACCCGUGGUUGGAGGAGAUUAGGCUCAAGAGAAUGGUUGUGACUGAUGAGGCCUUGGAGUUGAUUUCCAAGUCAUUUAGGAACUUCAAGGUCUUGGUGUUGUCGACAUGUGAGGGGUUCAGUACUGAUGGCCUCGCCGCCAUUGCCUCCAAUUGCAAGCAUCUGAGGGAACUGGACCUACGGGAGAGUGAAGUGGAUGACAUUAGUGGGCAUUGGCUAAGCCAUUUCCCUGACACCUGCACGUCACUCGUCUCUCUAAACAUUGCUUGCCUAGUUUCUGAGUUAAGUUGCUCAGUCUUGGAGCGCUUGGUGGCUCGCAGUCCAAACCUGAGGACUCUGAGGCUCAACCGUGCUGUACCCCUCGAGAAGCUUCCCAAUAUACUUCGCCGAGCUCCUCAAUUGGUUGAGUUAGGCACAGGUGCCUACUCGACUGAGCUUCGAUCUGAUAUUUUCUCAAACCUAGCCGAAGCUUUUUCAGGCUGCAAGGAGCUCAAGGGCCUGUCUGGGUUUUGGGACGUGGUUCCUGCUUACCUUCCAGCAAUUUAUUCAGUCUGUGCUGGGUUGACGUCCUUGAACUUAAGCUAUGCCACUAUCCAGUGCCCUGAUCUCAUCAAACUUGUUAGCCAGUGUCAUAAUUUGCAGCGCUUAUGGGUACUGGAUUACAUAGAAGACAGUGGCCUUGAUGCCCUUGCUGCAUCUUGCAAGGACCUGCAAGAACUGAGGGUGUUUCCUUCUGACCCAUUUGGUGCAGGCCCAAAUGUCUCCUUGACAGAACAAGGCCUUGUCUCAGUUUCAGAGGGCUGCCCUAAGCUCCAGUCAGUUCUAUUUUUCUGCCGCCAGAUGACAAAUGCUGCAUUAGUUACCAUUGCCAGAAACCGUCCUAACCUGAUUCGCUUCCGCCUUUGCAUUAUUGAUGCCCAGGCCCCAGAUUACCUAACCCUACAGCCACUUGACACUGGUUUUGGAGCCAUUGUACAGAACUGCAAGGAAUUGCGGCGCCUUUCCCUAUCUGGUCUCCUCACCGAUCGUGUGUUUGAGUACAUCGGGAGCCAUGGUAAGAAGUUAGAGAUGCUUUCUAUAGCUUUUGCUGGAGAUAGUGAUUUGGGCCUCCAUCACGUUCUGUCCGGGUGUGAAAGCCUCCGGAAGCUCGAGAUUCGGGACUCUCCCUUUGGGGACAAGGCUCUCUUGGCUAAUGCUGCAAAGCUGGAGACAAUGCGAUCCCUUUGGAUGUCUUCUUGCUCAGUAAGUUUUGGAGCAUGUAAGCUGUUAGGUCGGAAGUUGCCUGGGCUUAAUGUCGAAGUUAUAGAUGAGAGGGGACCACCUGAUUUGAGACCAGAAAGCUCUCCUGUUGAGAAGCUUUACAUAUAUAGGACAGUUGCAGGGCCUAGGUUUGACAUGCCUGGUUUCGUCUGGAGAAUGAAUGAAGACCAAGCGUGGAGGCUUUCUUGAGAAAUCUUCCGUCUUGGCUCUCUGUGGAUGUGUUUAACAGGUACAUGCAUACCGACUGCAUUACAUUCAUUUUUGCGGUGCUUUAUAUAGCUGCAGCACCGGUUGAAGUGGGAGCAGGUUAAUGGAGGGUGUAGGGAGGCUCAAGAGCGUGGAUGCCAUUUAUUUUACACUUGGCUAACCGAUUUAGUCGCAAAUAUUGAAUAAUGAGUAGUUGAACACUUGUUUUCUUUUGGUGUGUCUCUGGAGUUGCAUGUUUCGGGAUAGUCACACUGUAUACUAUUUGCAGAGUUAUGCAUCUGUAUGACUUUAUGCGAUUGGAUUCCAUUGGUUGAAGCAGAUACUUUUUAUCUCCUGGACUCACUGUCCAGCUAUUAAAUAACAAUUUUUUACCCUAUUACUUAUAAUCUUCUUGCAGUUUUGUAAACAUCAUCUGAUUUUCUUCUUCCCAACCUCAGUGUGAAGCUAACAUAACAAACAAAUCUUAUAGGACUCGGUCAUUACUCCUGCUGAAUGGUUAAAGAUAUCAGAUAUUGUCAGUUGUGUUUCAUUGUCAAAGUUUUUAUCUGGAAGUAGGGCAUACAUUUCAAUUCCAUUUAGUCUUAUGUGGUAUUUUCAUUUGAUUAUUUGCACCUCCUGUUUUUGAAGGUGUUUAGUCUUCUUCAGACUUCACAAGAAGGGGAAGAAAGAAUUGUGCCAAGUUUAGUCUCCUUUGAAUGCGUAAUCCAUGAACAGUAGAGUGUACCGAGUUGGAUACGACUCGGUGGAAUCAAAUGGGCAUCAGCUGAUACUUUGAAUUAUGCUUAAUUCUUUCAUUGAAGGAGUAGUUGGUUGUGGUUGUGGAAGUCUGCCUGAAUUAUUUCUAUGGCUGGCAUAAUUUGGCUUUAGGGCAAAAUUAGCCUGCACUAGGCAUGUUGUGGCAAAGUUGUCUUCUGUGGAAAAGUUGAUGAAUACUAGUUGGCAAGUUGUGUAAUUGGAAAAAGAACAAGUUAUUCAUUCAUGCCCGGAAAAGCAAAAGCUGAAACUAGGGUGGUGCCAGUUGCUUAUUGACUUGAGUGAGCUAUAAGUUCUAAAAACCUCUUAAGUUCAUUUUUUUCAGUGGUCGGAAACUACGUGUAUGUCAUUUGCGGCUAAGGCUCAGCACUUUGUCACACACAGGCUUGCCUGGAAAGCCCGUUAGCCCAGAGGGCCUGAAAACACAAAAAAGCCCAGUUUUUUCUGUACUUUGUUGGUUAAACUGCUGAUUCUCAUUUUCUUUUGUGUUUUUUUUUGUCCAACACUAUUAAAGGGAAGGGAGCCACAAGGUUGUUUCUCAAAGUAAUAUAGAGGGAUGUUUUCUAGUUAGACUUCCUACGGGUGCCAUGGCAUAUCAGAG